AUGACUACUUCUACUACUUCAACACAGGCGCAGAUCUUCCCCGGGAAAGGACUUGGGUUUAUUACCCUGGGUGCUUCUUUGCAUAAUGUUCUUACCCGGGUGAAGUCCUAUCCUCAAACAUACCCCGCUAUCGACCUUGCAUAUUCCCCCGCGGACCCGCUUCGGAAGCCCGUGGUACUCCAGCUACCUUCAAACGGCUUACGGCUUCGAUUCGACGGUCCUGACCAAAGGCUCCGGUUAAUCGAAAUACUUGAUUUCUCCCGAGUAAACCUGGUAUACAAGAAUCAGGAGGUGCUUAAGGGUGGAAAGUCUGCAGAACAAACCCCGUCCUCACAGGGUCCGAGCUUCCGGCAUGUCUAUAAUCGCCUGUUUGGUCCUUCAUACCCAGGAGAAUACGUACCGCCGGCAGAUAAGUCUCCAUAUGGGACCUACGUGCUGUCAUAUCCUGGGAUCGCCUUCUCGUUUCCUCUUCAGCAUUCAGCCUGGUCCGACCAGUGUGAUUUCGUAGCUCUGUUAUCUUCAUCCGCCGCCCUGCCGGCCACAUCCAUGUCCAUAUAUCAAGGUUCAUCAUGGCCAGAGGUCCGAGCCAGAAUUUUCACACAGCAACCCCAGUAUCCACGCUCAUCGGCCUUGAUUGGCAAGUCUCGAGAGUCUCUCGCAGAUGAGAUCGAGGAGUGGCAAGUUCUGGGUGCCGGAAAGCUUGAAGUGUUCCGCAGGACAGGUUUCCCCUUGGUCAUAACACUGGGAGAGACCACUCCUCAAGACCUGAUUGCAGACUUUGGCCCACCAGAUGCGAUCUAUCGUAAGAAUGACCGCCGGAUCUCCAUCCAUCGUGCCGCAGGCGGCGGAGACAUACACCUGAGUCCUUCUCCAGGCAGUAUUCCGGAUGCCGACCACUCAUCUAAUAACAGCGUAACUGAUGACUCAGAUGAGGAGAUGGCUGCCUUUAAUAUCGGCGAUCCGACUUCAUUACCAGCAGAGUGUUUCUUGAACUAUUUCCACCAUGGUUUCGAUGCCUUCAUCUCCUAUCCAGCCCCACCUGGUCCCGCCUUCCCAAAUUCUGGUCUUCCAGACCCGUUGCCCCAGCCCUCAUCCUCCCAGCUGACAGUAACCAAGAUCAUCCUGCAUGGAAAUGUUCCAGGGUCCUACCCGUUCAACCGCCACCGCCGAAGCCGCUGGACAAUCCCUUUGAAUGAUUCCAGUGACCAUUUGAAUUCAGAAUCUCCCUACGAUGAAAUAUCAGAGCGGCUGCGGGCAAUCUGGAAAGGAUCUUAUGCAAAUUCUACUGAAGAACGUGCUUUGCAGCGGCCAAUGGUGCUGAACCGUGGCUGGGGCGACAGCCCUGAAAGCAGUGUUGAGUUCCUCGGUGGGUGGGAGGAAACCACGUCCAAAGGCCAUCGUACAAGUGUCGAUGGCCAGGAUGGAGGAUUGGGCAAUACCGAAAUGUUUGGUUUUCCAGGUCUUCUUUUUGAGGUUUUGAAGAAUGGCGCCGUGAGCUGUUUGACCGUGUACUGA